CUCGGCGGGCGCCGGAAAACUUUAAAAACUCGCCGGCCACUGGGCCGUAAACUUAUUUCCGAUCUGAGCUUGGAGGCGAACACAACCCAUCCGGACAAAAUCAGCAAUAGCAGUGGCCAUGAAGUGCACUUUGCUAACCACCUUGCUGGCAACCCUGGCGGUAUCCUCCUUGGCCGCCCCCUUCGAUUUGGGUGAUCUGUUCUCGGGCCUCCAGCCGCUGGACAAACAGGAAGUGGUCAAGCGGCAGGUGCAGGCCAAUCCCGAUGCCGAGCUGAAGCAGAUCUCGUUCCAGGGCCUGAUCGGAGAUCUCGAGGACAGUCUGUUCCAGUCCGCGCUGAGCGUGCACCAGGCCAGUGCUCCAGGCAGCGAAGUGGAGGAGGUGAAGCCCGAGUCCCAGGCGCCAAUCGCAGAGGAUGAGGAGCACGCGCUGACCAAGCGAUCGGAUGAGUCCACCCCGGCCACAGAUGCUGCCGCCACCUCCUCGGACGAUGGCCUGGCCCGCAAGAUUCUGCUUCAGACCACCAGGAAGGUGCCGAACAGCGAGGAUGGUGUGCCCGCCCACCUGAUCAUCGACCAUGUCUCGGUGCAGCCACACAACGGUGGCUCUCUGCCGCUGAUCCCCACCUUCCAGGUGCACCACACAAAGCUGAUCUCGGCCACCAUCAAGGAGGACUCGAGCGGCGACAGCAGUGAUGGCAAGCAGACCAAGAUUAGCAUUACCAAGACCUCGAUCACGUCCACGUCUCCCAUUGAGAGUGUGGAGGAGGCGGUGGCCAUUGCCGGGUCCCUGGCCACCACCGAGGAAACCUCUACCAAGGCGGAGGAAGUGACCUCAGCUAAGGUCGCAGAGAAGGAGGAGAACAUCACUAAGGCUGCGGAGAAGGAGGAGGCCACCACUAAGGCUGCGGAGAAGGAGGAGGCCACCACCAAGACCGCGGAGAAGGAGGAGGCGGAGAAGAGCUCCACCACCGUCCUGACCAUCGUGGGCAGCUCCACCACUAGCAGCAGCAGCACCACCACCACCACUACCACCGAAGAGCCCAUUGAGAAGCUGAAGAAGGACGAGGAGAAGCUGAAGGAGAAGGUGGCCGAGGUGGAGGCCGACCCCGUCAUCCUCUCGGCUCGCGUUUAAGCCAGUCGACCUCUGAACACUCUAGUUGUAACUCCCUCAUCUCCAGCUCAUCCCGCCACUCACAUAUUUAUGACACGCCAAGUUCAAUUAAAGUCAUGUGAUUCGAUCUGA